GCUGUCCAAGGGACUGAAUCGUUAGCCGACUGAGGACAGAGCGAGAGAGAAAGAGAGACAGCAAGGAAGCACGCCAUUAACAAAUGGCCAGUUAUUAUUAGAUAUCGCAUCCCGUCAUGUAGAGACAUUACCAGAUAUAUGGUGUAUCUGUUGACUUUGAGAGUUCCAAGAAUUAGACAAGGCUACUUAACAUCUGAACUCUUUAAUGAGCUUGUGAAGAUACGAUAUGUUUUCAACUGCGGGAAGAAAAGAAGAAGAUAUUGUGGUACUAAAAAAAACCGAACCAGCGACGUGUGGUUCAAAAGUGGACAAGUAAAGCUGGGCUUUGAAAUGGGGUGGGGGAAGUGAUAACUUUUAACAGAGUCAAUAUAAACACACAUCAACGAGCUGUAAUUGUGCUGCUGUAUUAUUGUUAAUGAUAUUGCAUUUCAUAGAUUUUUAUGGAUUUUUCUAUUUUGUAAACUCACGACUCAGUCACGUUUUCUGCCAAGAUGGAAAAGAUGCUACCGGCCAGUGAAGCUGCCAAGAUCUACCACACUAACUACGUAAGAAACGCCCGGGCGAUAGGCGCCCUUUGGGCGAUUUUCACCGUAUGCUUUGCCAUCAUAUUGGUAGUUUGUUUCAUACAGCCCUACUGGAUAGGGGACAGCGUGAACACGCCUCAGGCGGGCUACUUCGGUCUGUUUCACUACUGUAUCGGCAAUGCCCUGACCUCGGAGCUGACGUGCAAAGGAAGCCCGCUGGACUUUGCCACGAUUCCCUCUGCCGCGUUCAGGACCGCUAUGUUCUUCGUGGGGAUCGCCAUGCUCCUGAUUGUGGGCUGUAUUGUGUGCUUCGGGCUCUUCUUCUUCUGUAACUCAGCCACAGUUUACAAAAUCUGCGCCUGGAUGCAGCUAGCCUCUGCGGCGGGUCUGGUGAUCGGGUGCCUGAUCUACCCGGACGGCUGGGACUCUGACGAGGUGAGGCGCAUGUGCGGGGACAAGACUGACAAGUACACCCUGGGAGCCUGCACUGUGCGCUGGGCUUACAUCCUGACCAUCAUCGCCAUCCUGGAUGCACUCAUCCUCUCCUUCCUGGCCUUUGUGCUGGGAAACCGGCAGGACAACCUCCUGCCAGAGGACUUCAAGGUGGAGAAUAAAGAAGGCGAUCAUGCUUAGAAUCCAGUUGCUAUGGAUUACCAGUGAAUUGGGUCCGAAUGUCUUCCAGCAGGCUGCUCUUCCACCACAGACCCGCUUCACUGGCCCAGGGGCCGAGCUGGUGAUCCUUGCUUCAUUAUAAACCGGGAGGCGAGCCUGUCCCGUCCCAAACGGAAUAUUGUGAACGAGUCAGACAAGUUUGAGAAAAAAAUGUAGGUCUGUCACCUGCUCAUUUGAAAUGACCUUAAUAUCAAUUGCAGAAAGAAUGUAAAAAUAUGUGUGUGUGUGUGUGUUUAUUUGUUAUGUACAAAGGGUGUUUCAAGCUCAACAGCACCACCUGGUGUUCUGUGGCAGGAUUGAAAUGGUGUUUGACUUGGUUACAGCACACCACAUUGUAUUUCAUGGUAAGUAAAAGUGAUUGCUCUUUAUGAAGAUUACAGGUGUGCAUACUGGGUCUAAAAUGUGGAUAAACACUGAAGUAGAAUUAUAUCGUUUACAACUUGAGAAAUCAGUGUAACAGUUGUCAGGGGGUAAGUUAUGUGCAAGUCAUCUCAUUCCAGUUUUGAUCAAGUUCCUUGAAUUGUAAAUAUUUAACUUACCUGCUAAAUCAAAAGUAUUAUUAAAAUGACAGGCUUACAGGCAUAAACUGGUAUACCCUUGUGAAUAUGCAGAAGGAACACAGCAGGCUUAUUUUUUCCAUUGCCCCGCCAGUUCUGGAGACGAGGUAGGGUUCAGGCUCAGGCCCGAGCUCAGUGUUAAAGCAGCAGUGAUCAGCAGUAUUUCAGGCAAGUGCAACAGGAUCUGGAUCAGCAUCAGCUAUGAAGGGCCCCUUUUAAUUUACCAUUGAAAUACAACAUUCCAGCAUUCUAUUCCAGCUCAUUUCAAUUGUUGUUUUGCUCAAGUUAAAACAGCUUGAAUGUGACAUUGAUAACUUUACACUCCUGCUGCUGCUUUCAGAUUGAGACAGGUAGAUCCUGCUUUAUUAUAAAGAUGAACAUAUUUGCCAGGGCCACUGCAUGUUUGAUGAAUAAUCAUUAAGAGAUUUAUGGUGUAUGCAGGUUAUAUAUCUCUUCACAGCAUCAGUCUGAUCAGAACUGGAAAAAGGAUCUGCCCCUGCAGCUGGGAGAGAGAAGCUUCCAUAUCAGGGCUUCUCAAACUCUGUCCUGGGGACCCCCUGUGGUUGUUGGUUUUUAUUCCAACCAAGCUCUCAAUU